CUCUCUAUUCACAGUCAGGCAGGCUGACUGUAACUUACAGUCUGUAAGUCAGUUCGCAAUUCGUGUUCAAGUCCUGAAGACCGUUUGCCUGGAAUUAUCAUGCGCUUCUACUACGUCGUGUUGGCCACUGCAGUGGCCUACCUCGCAAGCACCGAUCUCGUUGUCGCCUCGACGAAUGUCGAACAAUCGAAGCUCGUGAUAGGCGUUGAGACCCCGCUCCAGACUCCGUCGCUUGCGGCUGCCCAGAAUGCCGUCGCGGAGAAAAGACUCCUACGAGCUGAUGGUGACACUGGAGACAAUCUCUCAGCCGAAGAGGAAGAGCGAGAAAGCACCUUUAUGGAGAAGACCCAGUUUUACUACUGGUACUUGAUGGGGAGGACCCCUGAAGUCGUGUACAAGAACUUCUUCGAGGGCAUGGACCGCUCCAUAGUCGUCAAGAACCCGAAUUACAAAGUGUGGCAGAGAUACGAAGAGUUUUACAACAACAAGAAGAACAAAAGCUAA